AUGCAGGCAGUUGAGAACAUCCGCCCUCAAACAUGCGGUGGACUCUUUGCGCCGUCUUGCUGGCUUCGCUCGGUCGAGGUGCUGCUAGAUUGUUUUACGCACAAAGAGACUCUGCUUACGUCUGCAGCUUUCUCUCAGGCUGCUACUCAAUUCACAGAUUCCGAAAGCGGAAUCUCAUUCUGGGGGAUCACUGAUCUUGCCCACGGAGUGACCUACGGAUAUGUCUUCCCUCCCCUCGCCACAUCAGGACCCAAUCCCACCGAGUACAUCGGGACGAUUGUUGCUCCGGUGGCCAAUCGAUGGGCUGGAUUUGCCCUCUCCGGCACCAUGAUCGACUCUCUUCUCGUUGCCGCUUGGCCAAACAAUGGGAACAUCGUGUUUACUACUCGCUAUGCCACAGCAAAUGUACUUCCGAGCGUCUACCCGGGACCCGUCAUCACCACCCUGCCGAGCUCGCACGUUAACUCCACGCACUGGAAGUGGGUGUUCCGAUGCCAGAACUGCACCAGUACACAAGCUUUUGAGUCGGUGGCGUCCAAUCUGACCGGUCACAGCUUGGCAAGGGGGGAGCCUGGAUGUCAGUUCCUCGGGCUCGGUGCCUGCUUGGUGUGUUUCGACAAUUGCUGUCGACAAUCCGUCCGACCCCGGCUCCUCGAUGGUACAACACACGGAUUCGCCUCCACUUACAAUAAUUGGGCUGCCGGUGGAACGGGCGGAGGCGGUGGGUCGACGACAACAGCAACGACAGUGACAACAUCCAGUGCUCCUACGGGCACGGCAACUCCAUACGACUACAUCAUCGUCGGCUCAGGCCCUGGCGGUAUCAUCGCAGCGGACCGCAUAUCGCAAGCAGGCAAGUCUGUCCUGCUAAUCGAACGCGGGGGGCCAAGCACUGGUCAGACCGGAGGGACAUAUCAACCAGCGCAAAUGGGCGGCCGGAACCAACGCAAGUCGAUCGUUCUGACCAAGUUUGACGUGCCGGGCUUGUUCGAGAGCAUGUUUACGGACCCCAAAGAAUUCUGGUGGUGUAAGGAUAUCACGGUCUUUGCCGGCUGUCUCGUCGGGGAGGGACAUCGGUCAAUGGCGCGUACAUUAUACUGGCUUCCGUCGGAUCCAGAUUUCUCUACUGCAGCUGGAUGGCCUCAACAGUGGACGAAUCAUCAGAGCUACACCGCUGCACUCAAGGCUCGGCUUCCUCCGACAGACCAUCCCUCGACGGAUGGCAAACGAUACCUCGAGCAAGUAUACACGGUCGUUUCGCAACUGCUCAAAUUCCAGGGCUAUCGGAAUCUGACCAUCAACGACACACCCAACGACAGAGAGCACGUAUAUGGUGCUACAGUGCUUACGAUGUAUGCAGCGUUCUGCUUUCUGUACAUCGCUGAAUCUCGGUCCAAGUUCCUCAACGGCAAGCGAGGUGGCCCGGUUGCCACAUAUCUACAAACGGCUCUGGCGCGCAAGAACUUCAAGCUCAUGAUGAAUACCGAGGUUCUCAAUGUCAUCCGGAAUGGAUCGCAGAUCACGGGUGUCAAAACCAGCGAUACCACGGUUCCUGGUGGAAUCUACCCUCUCAAUCCCAACGGACGUGUCAUCUUAUCCGCCGGCACGUUUGGUAGUGCCCGACUCUUGUUCAAGAGUGGAAUCGGUCCAACGGACAUGAUCAACCUCGUCAAAGCGCAUCCGACCGCAGGGCCCAACUUACCACCCCAGUCGCAGUGGAUCAAUCUCCCCGUCGGAUAUAACGUCUCUGACAAUCCUUCAAUCAACCUCGUCUUCACUCAUCCAUCAGUCGACGCCUACGGUAACUGGGCCCAUGUUUUCACUGAUCCACCUGCUGCGGACACCGCACCUUACAUCAAGAACCAGUCCGGUAUCAUGGCACAGGCCUCUCCAAGGCUCAAUUUCUGGCGUGCAUACUCGGGGCCUACAGACAAUAUUCCCCGUUGGGUCAGUCUUGAGCUUUCUUCCAUUUCAAGCGCAUGCUUAGAUUCCAACAGAUACAGGCACUGCUCGCCCCGGUGCUGCAUCCUGGAACACGUCUUAUCCGUUCAAUCAAAGGUGCGAGCGAGUGCGAAGAUCUGUUUCGGUGCCGUUGAACAAAUGGGCAGUCAAAUGUUCACAAUCACGACUUACCUAUCGACCGGACUCAAGUCGCGAGGUCGCAUCGGAAUCAAUGCAGCGCUGAACGCGAUGCCGAUCGUGGAUCCUUGGUUGAAUGAUUCCGAUGACAAAUCGGUCCUCAUCCAGGGAUUGAAUGAUAUCGUUUCCGGCAUGGCUCUGGUGCCUGGAAUGCAGAUGGUCACGCCGGACAACACCACGACGAUCAGCGCUUACGUCCAGAAUUAUGGACUGUCUAACAUGAAUUCCAACCACUGGGUGGGGUCCAAUAUGCUGGGUACGGUGGCUGGCAAAGCUGUUGUCGACGUCAACACCAAAGUCUUUGGAACGAACAACCUGUUUGUGGUCGACGCCUCGAUUAUGCCAACCCUUCCCUUGGGAAAUCCCCACGGCACACUCAUGUCCGCGGCGGAGCAAGCUGCCGCCAAGAUUCUUGCGCUACCAUAA